GACCCAGAGAUCCAGAAGGGAAGCCCGCCCCCACCCCGCCUCCCAGGCUCCCCGCGGGCUCCAGGGCAGAGGCGCGCACGGCUGCCUGUGCUCUCCUGCCCGGGCCCCUCUCGGCUGCCAUGGGCCCCCGCGCUCCCCUCCUCCUCCUGCUCCUCCUGUGGUGGUCGGGGCCCCUGGGAGGACAGCAGCAGCACCUGGUGGAGUACAUGGAACGCCGGCUGGUCGCCCUCGAGGAACGGCUGGCCCAGUGCCAGGACCAGAGCAGCCGGCAUGCGGCCGAGCUGCGGGACUUCAAGAACAAGAUGCUGCCGCUGCUCGAGGUGGCCGAGAAGGAGCGGGAGGCGCUGCGGACGGAGGCGGACACCAUGGCGGGGAGGGUGGACCGUCUGGAGCGGGAGGUGGACUACCUGGAGGCCCAGAGCCCGGCUCUGCCCUGCGAGGAGGUGAACGAGAAGGCGCCCGGAGGCCCGGGGGCCAAAGGCAAGGGCAGAAGAAACGAGAAGUACGACAUGGUGACAGACUGCGGCUACACCAUCUCGCAGGUGCGGUCCAUGAAGAUCCUGAAGCGUUUCGGGGGCGCCGCCGGGCUCUGGACCAAGGACCCGCUGGGGCCCCCGGAGAGGAUCUACGUGCUGGACGGGGCCCAGAACGACACGGCCCUCGUGUUCCCGCGGCUGCGGGACUUCACCCUGGCCAUGGCCGCCCGCAAGGCCUCCCGCGUCCGCGUCCCCUUCCCCUGGGUGGGCACGGGGCAGCUGGUGUACGGGGGCUUCCUCUACUACGCCCGGCGGCCGCCCGGGGGGCCCGGGGGGGGCGGGGAGCCGGAGGACACCCUGCAGCUCAUCAAGUUCCACCUGGCCAACCGCACGGUGGUGGACAGCUCCGUGUUCCCCGCCGAGGGCCUGAUCCCCCCCUACGGGCUCACGGCCGACACCGUCAUCGACCUGGCGGCCGACGAGGAGGGCCUGUGGGCCGUCUACGCCACCCGCGAGGACGACAGGCACCUGUGUCUGGCCAAGCUGGACCCCCAGACGCUGGACACGGAGCAGCAGUGGGACACGCCGUGCCCCAGGGAGAACGCCGAGGCGGCCUUCGUCAUCUGCGGGACCCUGUACGUCGUGUACAACACCCGCCCCGCCAGCCGGGCCCGCGUCCAGUGCUCCUUCGACGCCAGCGGCACCCUGAGCCCCGAGAGGGCCGCCCUCCCCUACUUCCCCCGCCGCUACGGGGCCCACGCCAGCCUCCGCUACAACCCCCGGGAGCGCCAGCUCUACGCCUGGGACGACGGCUACCAGCUGGUCUACAAGCUGGAGCUGCGGAGGAAGGAGGAGGAGGUCUGAGGAGGGGCCCCGGGUUAGGAAUCUCUCCCGUCUCCGCCCGUGGACAGCCCCGCCGCGCUUCCCGCUCCUCGUUCUCCAGCCGCGGGCAAGCUGUGGCCCCCGUCUCCUCUCUCAGCGACGGAGGCCAGCCUCCGACGGCCCCUGCGUUCCCUGCGGGACUCUGGGUCGUGGGGGCCCCUUUUGGAGCCGAGAGAGAGAAAACCCGAAGGGGUCCCUCCUUCCUCCCGGCCCAGGGCCACACAUUCCGGGUGGGGGCCGCCCCAGGGAGAGGCGGCGGCCGGAGGAUGGGCUGCCUCCAUCCGUGUGAGCUGGAGGAGAGAGGGCUUUCCACGCCGCCCUCUCCCAUCAGUGCCCUCAGGGGAGGGCCCCUCUCCCCCUGGUUUUGUACCGAGGCGUCUUGCAUUAAAGGGAAAACCCACCGCU